CAAACGAAAACAACUUCCACCUAGAGUGGGCUGACAGACAGACUUCUGGAUAUUGCUUGACCCGAAAGCAUCGAUUCCUGUCCUUGAGAAUACCUUAGUCAAGAUGGAAAAUGGUACAUCCACUGAAGGGAAAGAUCCAUCGACUUUCCUUGGCGAGAUAAUCGGUGCUCCGGUGACCAUCAAAUUAAACUCUGGUGUUGUCUAUAAAGGCGAACUCCAGUCAGUAGAUGGCUACAUGAACAUAGCCUUGGAGAAAUCUGAGGAGUUUGUGAACGGACGGUUGACACGAAGCUAUGGCGAUGCUUUUAUCCGGGGCAAUAAUGUGCUUUACAUAUCCGCUCAUUGAUAAAUUUCACCAUUGAAGGCACCACGGUCAUCACAAGGAUGUGCAGUUCCUCGCCAAGCCUACAGGUGAGGAGCGCGUUGUCCGAGCCCCUGCGAGGGUGGAAAGAGCACUUCAAAAAGGAUGUUGUCUCUGGUGGACGGAAGCAGCGAGUGAAGGUCAAACCAGGAAGCAGUACGUCUUGAAUAUACCUGGGCAGUAUUGUGCUUCAACCUGAGGUACAGUGUGCCAUUUGAAGAAUAGCAAAGCCCCCGGUUUUAGGCUUGAGAGCGAUUGGGUGUGAUAGCGAGUUUUGCAGAGUGAGCCAUGGCUUUAUUGUACCUAUUCAUUGCAUAGGAGAUCCGAUAGAUAGAGAGGGAUGAUAGAUCUUCUACAUGUGAUAGUUCGGCA